AUGGCGUCCGGCUAUGCGCUUCCCACAUUCAACACGACGACAACAGCAGGAGGAAGCCACAGCCACCAUAACAGCAGUGGCAGCACCCAUGGCCACCAACACAGCAGAUCCUCGUCGAGCAGCCACUUCACGCCGAACAACCCGAGCCUGAACCCGCCCGCCGCGAGCUACUUCGCCAAUGGCCUCCAGCCGACCGUCGCGAACGGCAGUCUCGAUGUACUACACGAAAUUCCGUCUCAAGAAAACUCACCUUUGGCCUCCCCACUGAAAGAGCAUGACCCCAUACGCACUCACAACGCAAAGGCGGUGCAUGCCAACGGCAACCUGACCGGCCAUAUCGACCACCACCACGAUCACUCCCACGAUCACCACAUUCACUCGCACAGCAACGGACAUAUCCACAGCCACCGCCAUACCCACCACCAUCACUCGCACUCCCACGACCAUAGUCCCCCACACUCACAUGCGCUCAGUGGCUUGGACUCGCCAAUGAAGAGCAGGCCACGGGGAGUGUCUGAUUUGGCAAGACCAGCUGGCAUAUACCAAGGCCCGAUACCGCCUGCCUCGACCUCAUGCUUUUCCUGGCCUGAGGCUCUGGCCAGUCUGCUGAUACCUUUACCCUACAUAUUUGCGUCUGUGGCAUACUCGAGCGGGAGUGGGUUCGAGGAUGACGGGCUACCACCACUGUCGGCAUACCAAAAGCUGCAGAAAUCGGUGCUGGAAGAUGACUCGACGGUUGGGCAUACACUACACAAGCCUGGCAAUGGCUUUGUGGACGCGUGCACACUCACUUCGGGGACGCUGCUUCUCGUUGGCAUACUGGCCAAGAUGAGAUCAUCGGAGAGAAUGCUGGACCGGAGGAAAGACAAGUCAGAAUCUGCCCAGGGCUUCGGUGCUUCCUUCACCCCAGCUUCCCUACGGAAGAUGGCCGUGCGGGCGUUGAGCAUCGGCUUGCCCUUCUAUGCCUCCAUCCAGCUCGGCGGCAUGCGAACAGGUCUGAUCUUGCUGGUUGCAGCCGCUUCUGGCCUCAUUGGCGCUGACACAGCUCUUCUACCUUCACUGCAGGACUGGAAGCGCAUCUUGACGUCUAGGAUAGCAUCGAUCUUGGUCAUCCUGCUCGCUAUUGUCCUCGACUUUGCGAACAUAACUUUCACAGCAUCAUCCACCGACCUGAUGUUUGGAUACCUGGCUCUUGCUUGUUCAAUAAUCUUGGUUCAGCCUCCACUUCCCACAUUGGGUUCCAGCUCGACAUCUUCACCCACAUCCGCUAGGUCACCUUGGUCACAACUCACGGCUGCGUCGCCUCUGGUGUCAUCUGUCGCCGAUGUGAACACGACACUGGCAGGUGGUAUCGUCAUGUCAAUCCUGACUUUGCUCAUAUCCUCUAUCCUCUCUACAGCUCCUCCGAUCACCCCUACAGCAGUAGUCUUCAGCACUUUAUCGCUUGGAUCUUCAGCGGCAGCCAUCCUUUUCGCGCAACCUACCGCCCUCCGCAGCCCGGCCAAAGCUGGUCUUGGUCUUGGCUGUCUCAUCGUCGCAACUUGCGCAUUCCUCUUUUCUCCCUCGCUUUGGCCUGGAACCAUUUUCAACGGCGGUCUUGCGGGUCUCUCAUAUUUCGGCGUUGUGUACGAUGCUGCAUCGAUGACGGCGCAUCAUCACCACGAUGAACAUGUUCAUGAGCACGCGCACAACGCGCAUACACAUCAUCACCAUCCAUCUGAGGGCAAAUACUCUUGGUUCACGAAACGACUUAAGCAGAACUGCGAGCCGGGCUCGCUUAUGUAUGGUAUAUUGAGCGAGAAGGACUCGAGGCGCAUUGCAUAUUUUACAUGUCUUAACUUUGCGUUCAUGCUUGUGCAGGGAGUCUACGGGUACCUGAGUGGCUCACUUGGCUUGUUGAGCGAUACGGUGCAUAUGUUCUUCGACUGCCUGGGUCUGGUCGUUGGUCUUGGCGCUGCCGUCGCCUCGAAGUGGCCUACCAGCCCAGAUCGACCUUAUGGCUGGGGCAAGCUCAACACCCUGGCAGGCUUCGGUAACGGGAUCUUCCUCAUGCUCGUGAGUGUUGAGUUCAUCUGGGAAGCUGUCGAAGGUAUGGUCGAGGGCAAGCAGAUUCAGCAUGUACAGGAAUUGCUGGUGGUCACAACUUUAGGCUUCUUGGUCAACAUGGUUGGACUUUUCGCUUUUGGACAUGCCCACGCAGGUCACGAUCACGGACACUCUCAUGGACAUUCUCACGGCCAUGACCACGGACAUUCACACGCUCACGAGCACAGCCAUAGCCACGCACAUCACGAUUCGCACGACAGCCGCCAUUCUCACGCAAGUCAUGCGCACGCUAAUGGACAUGCUCAUGGACACAGCCACGAUCACGACCACAAGCAUGAAGCGAAAGCUCAUUCCCAUGGCCACUCACAUGACGACAACAUGCACGGUAUUUUCUUGCAUGUAGCUGCCGAUGCGGGAGGCUCACUGGCCGUCAUUCUCAGCACGGUCAUGACUCUGUGGAAGCCUUGGUAUGGUUGGGACCCGAUCGCCACCAUCAUCAUCGCAGUCCUCAUCUUCGCCGCGGCAGUACCACUGGUGGUUUCUUCUGGCCAGAAACUCCUUCUCGUCAUUCCUGAUCAGCUGGAGUACAACAUCAAGAACAUCCUCCAACAACUCGGCGAGAUGCGUGGUAUAGUCGGCUACGCCGCACCGAGAUUCUGGAUCGACGACAGCGGCGACGCAGGCGAUGCUCACGGACACCAUCACCACGGACACGAUCACGGUUCUCCUGGCGGCGACAAGGUCCAGGGCGUUAUCCAUAUCAUCGCCCACCAGUCCGCGGACCUGGAGGAUGUCAGAAUACGGGUUGAAGAGUUCACUAGAGGGAAAAACAUGAACCUGGUGAUCCAUGUGGAAAGGGAGGGGGAAGGUCAGUGCUGGUGUGGUGGCGGCGAUGGACCUGGCUCGUAUGGUACGCCGAGGGGUACGCCACGUGGGUCGAUUGCGAGUGGGUUUGGUACGCCGAGACAUAAGGGGAGUGAUUCUAGUCUUAGCUCGUAUAGGCUUAAAGCGUAG